AUGGAUGAAAUUAUUCCUGGGCUAGUCAAUGUAGAUUUUGCAGAUGUGCGAACUAUAAUGGCAAAUGCGGGUUCCUCACUGAUGGGGAUCGGAACUGCAACUGGGAAAACACGAGCUAGAGAUGCUGCACUAAAUGCUAUCCAAUCACCUUCGUUAGAUCUUGGUAUAGAAAGAGCUACUGGUAUUGUGUGGAUCAUAACUGGUGGGAGUGAUUUAACCUUGUUUGAGGUAUCACUCCAUCUCUUAACUCUCUCAGUGUGUGUGUUUUGUCGCGGAUUCAGAGGGGAGGAAUUUGACUUCAUAUAUAUCAUCUCGAACUUGGGCUCAAAAUUGUUGGUUAUAUGUAAGUGGAGCCCUUCCCGAUGGGAGAAGAGUUACUGA